GGAAGUCCGGCGCCGGACAAGGAGGUGGAGGUUUGGCGCCAAUCAGUGGCAAAUCGAAAAUACCCUGUGUUCUUUCUUUAGGGAAAUUGUUAUGAUGUAUCUAUCUCAACGGAUGACUUGUUUUGAGAAGACGCUCCCUUUUUUCUUUUCUUUUCGUUGUUGAGUGUGAAACUCAAGACGGCGAUACUAGCCGAACACUGGAUUGUCAACCCGGACUAAAAACGCGAAACGCUGAAAUACGAGCUCGCAGGAUCUUGUAUUGUAACUCCUGGUUUCUUUUAUGCACUUGCUUGUGGACACGGUGUGUUGAACCGGGACGUGAAACAUUGAAUAUAGGAUGUCCACGGAAGAUAAAGGAGUAUUCCUCGUGAAGUUUGUGAAGACCAGCGAAGAAAGAUCAGAGCGUGCCGUGAAAGCCUUUGAGGCAAUCAGAGAGCUGCAAUCGGAAAAAUACCUUCAAAAUAUAGAUGAGAAGGAAGCCCUCCUUUUAAAACACAAUGACAAAUCCCUCUAUGUUUUUGAUAACUUCAGUGGGCGUGCAUUCCAGCACUUUAAAAAGCUGGGCUGCAGGAUUGUCAGUCCCCUGGUGGUCCUCUUCUGCCUCAAGCAUCAGCGCUGUGUGCCUAAAGCAGAACUCCCCGUGUACAACAUGGCCAUGGCUGACGUUACCAUCACCUGUACCAGCCUGGACAAAGACACCAGGGGAGAAAUAACUGAGCGGGUGCAGUUGAUGGGGGGCCGGGUGUACAAGGAUCUGAAUGUGUCCGUCACCCAUCUUAUCGCUGGGGAGGUGGGCAGUAAGAAGUACCUGGUGGCCGCUAGCCUUGGGAAGCCCAUCCUGCUGCCCUCCUGGGUGAGGGCAUGCUGGGAGAAGUCCCAGGAUAGUUUGUUCAGGUACACCGAUCUUUGCUCAGAGGAGUACAUGUGUCCCGUCUUUCAAGGUUGUAUUAUCUGUGUGACUGGUCUAAGCAAUCUGGACAGAAAGGAGGUUCAGAGACUCACUCUUCAGCAUGGUGGACAGUACACAGGACAGCUGAAGAUGAAUGAAUGUACCCACCUUAUUGUCCAGGAGCCCAAAGGUCAGAAGUACGAGUGCGCUCGGAAGUGGAACGUGUCCUGUGUGUCUGUCCACUGGCUGUUUGACAGUAUAGAGAAAGGGUUUUGCCAGGAUGAGAACAAGUACAGGGUUCAGCCCGGUGGGAAGCAGACCAACUUGCCUAACACUUCAACACCCACAGACUGCAGGAAGAAGCAGGAUGGUUGUGCUCUUUUGGGAGUGAGCCAAAUCUCUCACAUCAACACCAGCUCUGUGAACGACUCUGCUGUCACUACGGUCUCAGCCAGCCGCCUGGUGCCUGCUGAGGAUUCCCUGGAAUCGCUGGAUAUCAGCACCUUCCAGGCCCCUGAUGACCUGCUGGAUGGAUGCAAAAUUUUCCUGUGUGGAUUUGGCAGUAAGCAGUUGGAGAAGGUUAGGAGGCUCAUCAACAGCGGUGGAGGACUGAGGUUCAACCAGCUCGGCGAGGAGCUCACUCACAUCAUCAUGGGAGACGGGAACGAAGAUGUCAAGCAGUUUCUAAGCAAGGCCUCCCACAGACCUCAUGUAGUAACUGUGAAGUGGCUGUUGGAGAGCUUCUCCAGGUGCUGCCUGCUUCCAGUAGAGAAUUAUUUCCACGCAGAUUACCUGCCCUGUGCCAGUGCAGACAUGGAGCUGCCAGCCCCCAGGCCGCCUGUGCGUAAGAUCAACACGAGCAUAGCUCUGAGAGCAGACAGUUCUUCUGGGCAGCAGAAAGCAGAAGAGGACUUACUCUCCCAGUACCUCAAUGAAGAUCAGACAGUAGUUGAAGCAGGGAACCAUGAUCAGUCCGGGAGGCAGGAUGAAGACGAGCUGGAAGACAGGCCACCGAGCCGCUCUCAAACAGUUGGGGAGACCUCUACUGUAGUGGCGGAGGAAGGGGGCCUAUUCUCUGGAAAGAGGUUCCUGAUCCUUGGGUUUAGCACAGAAGAUGAAGCGUACUUGACGUCCCUCAUCAAGGAGCAUGCUGGGAAAGUGCUGGGUGCCCGUAGCCGAGCCAUCGCUGAUUACGCUGUGGUGCCCAUGAUGGGCUGCGAGGUGGAGGUCACUGUUGGGGAAGUGGUCACCAACACCUGGCUGAUUAUGUGUAUAGAGCAGCAGAUUCUCCUAGACCUGCAUAUGAAUCCUCUCUUCUCUCCAGUGUCAACAGUAGAGGGACGUGUUCCCUUGAAGGACUGUGUCCUGUCUGUCAGCCAGUUCACUGGCAUCGAGAGAGAUUCACUUAUCUUCCUCGCCGAACUUUUGGGAGCUAGAGUGCAGGAGUUCUUUGUCCGGAGGGCGAACCAGCAGAAGGGCAUGCUGGCCAGCACCCACCUGGUCCUGAAGGAGCCCGAGGGCUCCAAGUACGAAGCUGCCAAGAAGUGGAGCUUGCCCGCCGUCACCAUGCGCUGGGUCCUGGAGUCCGCAUGCGCGGGCAGGAGGGUAGACGAGGGGCGCUUCCUGGUGGAGAACGCCAGCCCUGCAAAAGAGGAGCACAGCUUUGUGGGUGGUUCCCAGAAGCCUGAAGUCAACAAGCCCAUGUGCUCCCCUGAGUUCCCAGUGCUUAAUCUGAAUAGGCUGAAGAGCAGUGUGGUGACCCCGCUGGACAUGAAUCGCUUCCAGAGCAAGGCGUUCCAGUCAGUACUGGCUCAGCCAGCGGGAGAGCAAAGCAGUCCAGGGCAGGGAGGCAAAGCGCCGACCACAGAGCCCUCCCUCCAGCUUGACACUCCCUCCAGGUUCCUCUGCAGAGACCAGCUCUUCAGACCUUCGUUCGACGUCAAGGAUGCUCUGGAGGCGCUGCAGACUCCUGGGGGUCCCGGGCAGCCGAGCCGGAAGCUGUGCACCCCGCUGUCCGUGGUCAUCGGCAGGAACCUGCAGGUGGCCCUGGCCAACAGCACCCGCAACAACAUGGCUGCUGUCACUGCCAGCCCCCAGCUGGGAAGCCCACUGGCCCACAAGAGUGAGGACCUGAAGCCCCUUGCUGGUGUGGUGAUCUGUGUGAGCAAGAAGCUGAGUAAAAAACAGAGCGAACUGAAUGCCAUUGCAGCCUCCUUAGGGGCUGAUUUCAGGUGGUCUUAUGAUGAAACAGUCACACACUUUAUCUACCAAGGCCGGCAGAAUGAUAACAGUAAAGAGCUGAAAUCUGUCAGAGAAAGAGGAAUCCAUAUUGUCUCAGAGCACUGGCUUCAUGUGUGUGCUGAAGAACAACGGAUUGUACCAGAAUCUCUUUACCCCUUUACAUACAAUCCUAAAAUGAGUCUAAACCUCAGCCAAAUGCAAGAUACUCAGAAGACGGCACCCAGCGUGCAGAGCCGUAAGGAAACCUCUUUCGAAUCGGUGCCACAUGAAGGCAAUGAGGAAAAUAUGGAAGCAAGUGAGAAAUCUCAAAACGGCGAACAGACUGCUUUAGGUGAGGUGACAGACCUGGAAAACCUUGAGAAAAGAGAGCUGGCAGAAACUCUGGAGAUGCGGGAAAACCUGCAGCGUCAGCUCCAGGAGAUUAUGUCAGCCACAAAGCUGCCCAAAGGUCACCGGUCCUCUAUCACUUUGGAAAACCGCCCCCACACCCCUGACAGUGUGGGUCGGCCUCUAAGGAAUGGGCGCAGCAGAGGCCUGGAGGCGCUGAGGCAGUCCCGUCGUGCUAUGAUGGACAUGAACACAGAACCUUCACAGAACGAGCAGAUCAUCUGGGAUGACCCUACAGCACGAGAGGAGAGGGCCAGGCUGGCUAACAACCUGCAAUGGCCAACCAGUCAGUCCCAGCACUCAGAGCCACUGCAGGUUAAUGGGAUUGAUGGCAAAACGGAUACCCAUGACUACAAGGAGUCCAUGACCGAUUCAGAGCUGGCAGAGCUUGCUGCCUUCAGUGUGGAGGAAGCUAACGGGAGUAAGGUCAGCGCUUCUCCAGUGAAAGAAGAGGCUCUAGCCUCGCCGGCAGAAGGCCAGAUACUCACACCCCAGGCUCCCAGCACCACCUUUCCUUUAGUUAACCCUCCUGUCCCGCCACAGCCCCAAGAGCAGGAGGAGGAAAAAAAAGCAAAGGUCCAACCAAGAUUCCAGCUGUCCUCCCUUAACCCCCAAGAACGCAUUGACUACAGUCACCUGAUCGAGGAGCUAGGUGGGGUGGUCCUGGACAAGCAGUGCUUUGACCCAAGCUGCACGCACAUAAUUGUUGGAUACCCGCUGAGGAAUGAGAAGUAUUUGGCUGCGAUGGCGGCUGGCAAGUGGAUCCUUCACCGCUCCUAUCUCGAGGCCUGCAGAGCCGUGGGGAAGUUCAUCGAGGAGGAAGAGUAUGAAUGGGGCAGCAGCUCCAUUCUUGAUGUUCUUCCUGGCAUCAAUGCGCAGCAGAGAAAGCUGGCUGUUGCAGCAAUGAGAUGGAGAAGAAAUCUCCAGGGCAGAAGAAACAGCGAUAGCAGUACAGAGGGGGCCUUCAGUGGCUGGUCAGUAAUACUCAACGUUGACCGAUCGAGAGAGGCAGGGUUCAGACGACUGCUGCAGUCUGGAGGCGCCAAGGUGUUUCCCAGCCAUUCUCCAUCUCUUUAUAAGGAAGCCACUCAUCUCUUUGCGGAUUUCAGCAAGCUGAAGCCAGAUGAUCCCAGGGUGAAUGUUGCAGAAGCUGUUUCCCAAAAUGUGAACUGUUUGAAACCAGAAUACAUUGCCGAUUACCUCAUGCAGGAGCCCACACCUGCAGUAGAGAAUUACUACCUGCCAGAAGCUGUAGCGUGUUUGCAGGAUGGCUUGGACUCCAGCAGAUAUUCAGCAUCUCGUAAACGCAAAGCAUCUGAAGAGAUGACAUCGAUCAAGAAGUCCAGGAUGAAAUGACUUGAUUGCCUAGGAUAGACUAAUGUAAAGAUUUAGUACAAUUUAUGACUUUCACAGCUGUAUAGAAGAAAAAAAAAUACAUUUGUACAUUUUUAUGGAAAAAUAAAAUUGAAGUUUUAAAAUGUA